GUUGGUGCCUUGCUUAGGCUACCUACUGAUGACAGGACUGAAAGAAGUUGAGGCCAGCAGGUUGGGGCCAUCGACUUGAAAAGCAAAUUUGACGGGAGAGAUAGUCCCUGUCGUUUGGACUCCCUCCUAGUCUUAAGGGCAGCAGCAGCAAUAUCUCAAUAUCUGCCAAAGAGGCUCUUUGGAGGAAUGACUUAGUUCGGUGCGGCAUAUCAUAGAACAUGCCCCGUACCGCAGUGCGCAAGCCAACGGGAAGCAUUUCUAGGAUUCUGGUUUUCGUCUAUUCCCAUUUACACGAUGCGUUGGUACUCAGCACGCUGCAGCCAUCGAAACCAUCCUCCCACCCAGCCUUGCAUCCCCAACUGAUUGUUUUCUACUCCACCCAAAGGAUACAGCGUAUUACCAUCAAGGUUGCGGACUACUAAGUUUUGCAUGUGUCAUGCAUAUCGAAAUCCAGGCUGUACUGUGGAAUGUUCCUCAGAUAUAUAUAGUAGGAUCUAUGGGCUGAGCCAGGGAUAUGCAAGAUACACAUUUCCUC